UGCACAAACCAUCGGAAAUUAUAUAAGUUUAAGCAUUAAUGGCCGUCUCCUCCUCCUCCUCCUCCUCCAACACCAUAUUGAGCUCCACCUUCUCCGAACAAAACUGGGUUGUUCAAACCCGAAAAAACCUUGAAAAUGAGACACCAUUAGACCUAAAAAUACCGAUUGCUGUUUGCCAUGUACCCAACUCCAUAAGUGUCACAAAUCCCGAAGCUUAUGCUCCUCAAGUGAUAGCAUUAGGGCCCUACCAUUAUUUACGGCCCAAGCUCUAUCAUAUGGAGCGAUACAAAAUCGAAAUGGUCAAGUCUUACUGGAGACCUGACCAAAUCGGUUUUGUGGUCAACAAGCUCAAGGAAAUGGGACCAAAGAUCCGAGGUUGUUACCACAAGUACCUUGAUUUGGAGGAUGACACUUUAGCCUUGAUGCUUGCCAUUGAUGGGAUGUUUCUGAUUUACCUUUUGAGUAAACGGUUGAAUAGUUUUGAUGAUAACGGUAGUGUUUUUAGCGACGUUAUGAUGCUCGAGAAUCAAAUCCCAAUGAUUGUUUUGGAGGAAAUUGUGAAAUCGAUCGGCUCGUCGAAAAACGAUGAUCAUGCUAAACUGUUGUCAAUGAUGCAGGUCUUUUGUGAGUCUCAAUCGCCUUUUGAGUUGCAAUCAUAUGAGAGAGUCUUCCAAGAAACAAAAGUUCUUCACUUGUUGGAUCUUUUACAUAUGAUGAUCACUAUGAGUCAAAGCAGUGACAGAGAUUUUCAGACUCCAUCAUGGGCGGCUUCUGGUCAAGUAGAAUUAUCGCGACACACAUCAAUAAAGUUAGAACUCGAACCCGAUAACGAUCAAUUGCUCGAAAAUGCAAAAGAAAUCUUAGCAAGUGAAGUAUUAAGUUCAAUAAAACCGAUUCGGUUGAUCACCACCUUACCAUGGAAUAUGAUAACGAAUAUACUCGGUCACAAUUCAGGUCGAAAAGAAAUUUCCACCACAAAUCCACUAGUUGAAGAGAUAGAUAUUCCUACAGUUUCACAACUAUCCAAAAUGGCCCGAAUCAAUUUCAAGCCUUUAAAUGGAGAAACCUUAAAAGCGUGCUUUGAUCAUAUGACUGCCACACUUUACCUCCCUGUGGUUACUCUAAACGACAACUCAGAAGUUAUAUUGCGAAACCUUGUAGCUUAUGAAAUCGCUAGUAGCAGCAACUCUUCAGAGUAUGAAAACCAUGUAGUUGCAGGGUAUGUUGAUUUCAUGAGUGGCAUUAUUGACACUACUGAGGACGCACGUUUGCUUCGAAGUGCUGCUAUAAUUAAAGGGAACUUGACUGAUUUUCAGAUCGGGGUCUUGUUUAAUGGGAUGAAUAAAUCGUCAAAUGAAGUUUAUGAUGACACUGUUGCUAGAAUUAAUGCCUACUAUAAUCAGAGGUUCAAGGUGAAGGCGUAUAGUUUGGUGAAGAAAUAUGUAUACGAAUCGUGGAGAUUUCUAACCGUUGUUACUAUGUUGGUGCUCCUGUUGCUAAUGAUCUUGCAGUCGAUUUGUAGCGUAUAUGACUGUGAACGAGUUCUUAAAUGGUAGAUUAUUAUGUGGUACGUUAUGUCGAAAUUUACAUGUAUGGCGA